AUGUCGGGAGGGCAGCAGCCGUCCCAGACUGGUGACACCGGAGGCGCCAAACCCAAGCAGCAAGACCAGACUAAUUGGAAGUCUGUUGCGGACGCCGCCGCAAAUAUACCAAACGCGCUGUACGUCUCCAGAGCAGACUACACGGAUGGAGCAAACACCAAGGUAAAGAAGUGCAUCCACCUGUUCAAAAAGUUCAUGAAAGGCACAGGUGUCUUCUUUGCUGUGGUCAGCAUCUUACUGUUUCCAUUAUUUGCAGUUAAAGUGUUUGAUGACGUGGCCAAGCUAACAGCACGGAACAGGAUGAGUGAGCUGCGAAUAACCGAGCUGGAACAAAUGUGUGUGCUCCCUGGGCCAAACCACUCCUUGGCAGAAAAUGGCCUUUUCAAGUCCCUGACUCCACCUGGGUCAUCUGGAAAUGUGACCACAGGAGUCGCCGGAGCCGCUGGCCCUCCAGGCCCGCCCGGGCCCCCAGGAGAGAAGGGACCCAUGGGGCCGGCUGGUCCUGAGGGAAAGGCUGGAACCGAUGACAAGGGGCCCAUCGGGCCAGCUACUCUUCCUCUACCUGGACCCCUGGGAGAAAAAGGGUUCUUGGGACCAGCUGGCCCUGUGCCUACCAGGCCUCCUGGGCCACCAGGAGAAAAAGGGCCCAUUGGGCCACCUGGCCUAGUGUCUGUCGGGCCUCCUGGGCCCCCAGGACCCGUUGGGCUGCCUGGGCCUGUGUCUGUAGGGCCUCCUGGGCCCCCAGGACGCAUUGGGCGUCCUGGUCCCGUUGGGCUGCCUGGUGCUGCCGUACCAUGCAAGCCCAAUAAAGUAUCUUGUCCCAGAGACUUCUGGAACGGGAACGGAAUCUGCUACAAGAUGUUCGACACCAAGUUGGACUUCAGCGCCGCGGCUGCGAAGUGUCGUCGACACGGCGGCACCCUCGCCAUGCCCCGCGACGCCGUGGCUAAUGUUGUCCUCAGCUUUCGCCUGGGAACCAACCACUGGAUUGGGCUGCACGAUCGGUACUGGGAGGGGCGCUUCCAGUGGAUGGACGGCACCCCUCUCGCGGGCGGCUACCGCAUGUGGAAGCCCAAUCAGCCGGAUAACAACAAAGGGAUGGAGGAUUGUGUCCACAUCCACGAUGGAUAUUGGAACGAUAACCCAUGCAGACAGACCUAG